AUGCAGUUAGAUCCAAAUAUGAAAGAUCCUGCUUCUGUGGACUUUUUGAAAAAAGUCAAAGCGGGUGAAAAGCGAAGAAACGAAUCUGCUCUACAACGUAAUCCCAAUUUAACCAAAUCAGGCACCAUUUUAAGAAAAAGAACCUCUUCCAGUGUGAGUGACGCCUCCCAUGAGCAAGUAAAUGGCGAUCCAGCAGCAAAGAAGCACAAGUCUGUUGCAGCAGAGAAGAACGAAGGUGAAAAGCCCGAUGACCCCAAAUAUGAUGUUGAACCACCUAAAUUUAUCGGUUUCCUUGACUUACAACGUGUUGAACAUGCAACUAAAAGUUUACAAAAGAAUGCAAAGGUAAUACUAUCCCAAGCUCCCGACCAUAAUCAACUAAAAGCAUUGCUAAACUCAGAAGAAAUCAGCAGUGCCACCAGAAGCGACUUGAAACAAAGCGAUUUGAUGGCUUUAGCAUCGAGAUUGAAAACAAAGUAUAGAAUUGGACAAGCACCAAUUCUCGACCAAAUCAUUAAUGAAACUCUUAUAGUCACGGAAGAAGAUAAAGAAGAGUUAAACAAUUUGGAUAGUAAAGAGGGUGUCAGUCACGAUCGACUUGCUAUAGCACAUGUAGCCGUUAAUGACAUCUCACCAAAUGGAGUUGCGCACACUUUACCGAGCUUACCAGUAAUUGAUGACAUCCACUUGUACGAAAGAGUUUUCACCCACAAGUCCAAUGUCAAUAACAAAACCUACCUCACUGACCGUACUUUGAUAAAUAGCCACAAUGAACGAUUGGAGUUUCUUGGUGAUUCAGUGUUGAAUAACUUGAUUACUUUAAUGAUUUAUGAAAAGUUCCCUGUCAGUUCAGAAGGUAUCUUGUCCCAAAUCAGGUCCGAAUUAAUCAAUAAUAAGGUAUUGAGGGAUUUUGCUCUUGAAUAUGGGUUUGAUAAGAAAUUACGAUCAAAUGUAGCAAAGGAAGUUUUGCAGUUGGGAGAACAAAAAGCGUAUGCUGAUAUAUUUGAAGCAUAUAUUGGUGCAUUAAGCUUGGAAAGAGGACUUGAUUUAAGUGGAGUGAAGAAAUGGUUGGAACAGCUUUAUAAGCCACUACUAAAUAAAGUGGAGAAAAAGUUUGUUACAGAAGUAGUAGAUAAAGAAGCCAAAACGGAGCUAUACUCGCUUAUUGGAAGAGCUGAUGCAUUCCCCGAGUAUGUUACCGCUGUUGAAGGUGACGGCCUAACAACCAAAUUCGUUGUUGAGUGUAGGAUGGGAGAUGAAGUCUUGGGAACGGGAGAAGAUCACAAUACCAAGAACGCAAGUCUCCGUGCUGCCAUGAAGGCAUUGCAGAACACAGCGGCGUUGGAAAAGUAUGUGAUCGAAAGGCAAUCUAUCGAACGGCCAAUCAGGGAAUCCAGAAAUGAGCGUAUGAAAGAAAAGAAAUUGGAGAAGGAGCGCAAACUAAAGGAACAAGAAGAGGCAGUGAAGAAGUCUCAUGAUGAGGCAUCAAAAAGUCCCGACUCGCCAAUUCGUACAUCUUUAUUCCCCCUUCAGGUUCUUGACGAUGUUGACGUCGAUGUUGAUGCUAAAAACAAAUUGUAUGCUAUAUUGGGUACUAAAACAGGAACUAAACCUGAAUACGUUAUUACUGAAUCGAAGAACGGCAAACAUACUGUGCAGUUGUUAGCGAGGAAAAUAUUUGUUGCUUCAACCACUGAUAAAUCUAAGAAAAAGGCAAUGGCUCGAGUUGCUGAUGCGGUAAUGAAGAAUCUGGAAGCGUUAAGAGAGUUGUGUAAACGGUUUGACUGA